UCUUCCUCCGCCGGCCGUAUCCCACUAAAAAAUUCGAACUUUCGAAAUAAAUUAUUGGAAACCCUUGGCCGAUUAAGCCGCUCAAUUCGACUUCUAGGUGUAGAAUUGGAUUUGGGUUUUGAUAUUUUUUAGUCAUGCCGAAGCAUAAAGAUGAAAAAUUUGUUUUUGAUGACGGCGAAGACGAGGAAGAGAGAGAUGUCGACGAUGAUGAAGAGGCUAAUGAAGAUCUGAGCUUGAAGAUAUUAGAGAAGGCUUUAUCGAGGCGUGAUGUUGGGAACAAGGUUGAUUCGGAUCUCUCUGAUUCUGGUGUAGUUAGUACUGUGAUGGUUAAUGGAGGAACGUCUAAGGUUAAAAAGGACUCUGAGAGUAGUAAGAAGAAGAAGAAGAAGAUUAAGAGAAAUAAGUUAGAAGCUGCUAACGAAAUUCCUAUUGUUUGGAAAGACCAAGAUGAGGAGAAGAAGGUGGUGGAGGAUGUAGUAAAAGGUGAAGGUGAAGAUGAACAUGAACAUGAUGAGGUUGAGAGAUCUGCUGAACCAAAAGAUGGAGAACCAUCUAGCAAUUUGGUUUUGAAAAAGCUUCUUAAGCGUAGGAAGCCUUGCUUUAUAUGUGGGAGUUUGGAACAUGGUGCAAGGCAAUGUUCAAAGGGACAUGAUUGUUACAUAUGCAAAAAAAGUGGACACCGAGCUAAAGAUUGUCCGAAUAAGUACAAAAGCGGGUCUAAAGGAGCUCUAUGUUUAAGAUGUGGAGACUUUGGACAUGACAUGAUUUUGUGCACGUAUGACUACUCUCAGGAAGAUUUGAAGGAUAUACAAUGCUAUGUCUGUAAAAACUUUGGCCAUCUAUGUUGUGUGGAACCUGGUAAUUCACCGUCAUGGGCUGUAUCUUGCUACAGAUGUGGUCAACUGGGUCAUACUGGACUGGCAUGUGGUAGACACUAUGAUGAAAGCAACGAAAAUGAUUCUGUCAGUCCAUCAUGCUUUAAGUGUGGGGGAGAAGGGCAUUUGAAGCGCGACUGCCCUAACUCUUCCAGUGUGAGCUUUUCACAGAGAAGAGAUUCACCAAGUGUAUGCUUCAAUUGUGAUAGAGUAGGACAUUUCGCUCGUGAAUGCCCCAUUUCCUCCCAGAGGGACCGUGAUACAUCUACAACAUCGCAUAAAUCUCGCAAGAAAAAUAAAGAGAACUCGGAACACAAAUCUACUCCCUAUGAAUCCAAUGGGAAGACUAAGAAGCAUAAAAAAUCGCAUAAAGAAGAACAGUCCCAGACUUCACCACGGAAACGAAAACACCGAGGCGGUUGGACCGCAGAGGAACCAGAAGAAGAACCUUUCCAAAGAGGAAAGAUGAGUAGGCCAAAGUCUCCCAUUACACCAUCGGGAUAUAACCUUAGGCCAUCCAGUAGACAUAGAGGUAAUGACUAUAGAUCUCCAAGAUUCAGUUCUGGUGGGCAUCGCUCGGGUCCUUCACCAUCAAGGUGGCAACCUUAUCAGAAUCACAGUUAUGAACCUGCACCAUCAAGGCAUGGCAGAUCUCACUACAAUGGAGAGUAUGCAUGGAGCUAUGAACGGUAGUAGUAUCAGUUGAUAUGGUCAAGGUCAAAGCUGGAUACUGUCUAGCUUGGAAUCUAUUAUGCUUGAUGGUGUUUACUGGGAUCGAUGGUAGCUUCCGUAGACCUCUUGUAUUUGAUUCGGGCUUAGGGGCAGCUUCUUGUUGUUUUCUUCUCUUCUCUUACACAGGUAGUUUGUUCAAUCCUCAUUUCCCCUUUACUCAAUUGCUCAGAAUUUUCCUUCGUUAUGUCUGUUCUUUAAUUUAACAUUUGAAGAGAAUUUUGUAUUUGUCAAGCAUAAUUGCUACAUCAUUUAUAAUUUAUAAUUUUGAAUUGGCUU